UAGCGCCAUGAUAGCAAUUUUUGGCAUCUAUAGUUGAUUUCCAGCUGACUGUCAAAAGCAUAUUAGACAUUGAACAUUCAGAUUUUAAAUCAUCAAAUGUCAGCCCGGCGUUCAGCAUCUUUAAUAUUGGAUGUAUUGGUCCCAACGAUUUAACAAUUAGCCUAAUCACAUGUUGUAUAACUUAUGUUUAUGUAGUUUUAUAAUAAUAAUAAUAAUAAAUAAUGUUUCCUACGAAUCAUAAAACUGUAUUUGUACUAGAUCAUACCCCUUAUUUCGGUAUAUCAUCAGAAAACCCAAUUGAUUUCGAUGUUGCAAAAAGUCGCGGUCCAGGGUAUGUACCGCUUCCAGCCGUCUGCAAGUCCCUUUGGACUUGCAGCGUAGAGGCUGCAGUUGAAUAUUGCCGUAUCGUGUGGGACCUAUUUCCUGAGGGAAAAUUAGUGCGAUUUGUUGUAAGUGACUUUGCUGCACACAUUCUGAAUACAUGGGCAAUAAGUCAGCAAAAUUUCACACAUUUGUUAAAUGGUCUAUGCCUGGUUGGACCAGUCCGUCGUGGAGCUGGUGGUGAUGUAGUUGGCCUUUGUGCUGCAAUUGAAGCCUUAGGGGAACCCACCGGUGUUCAGGCGGCGCGACCACCAGAUAGCCUCUUUCAGAAUCGCGGCCGCAUUCUGUGUAUAACAAGCGCUAGGGAUGACGACUCUAUACGUAGCUUAAUCGACAUAGCUGUGAACACUCUCGUUCAACAAAACCAGAAGGCGUCUGAACCACAGCCGACACCCAUCGACGGAACUAACACACAGACCCUUGCAAUACAUUACUGUCACUUGAUAGUGAUAAAUGUCACACCAGAGAAGACCGACUCCAGGGUCACCAACCAACCGCUCACUGAGAUGGCGGGUGGUUUGAUGGGUGUGGAGGUGAUAGUGUGUCGUGCGAGUCUGCUGGCGGGUCUUCUGGGACGGCUGGUGUUGCCGCACUAUCGGCUGGCCAUCACCACCGUCACUGGUAUACCUAUGAAGGAGGAACAAAACGCUACGUCGAGUGCUAACUACGACGUGGAGAUCAUACACUCGGCUGAGGCCCACGCGGGGCUCAGGGCAGCGCAGACCGCCGCUGAGGCGACCGAGUCGGUGGUGCUCCGCUGGUGGACGCCGCGGGGGUCGGAGGGCGGGGCGGGCGGGUGCCACGGGCCGCUGUGGCGCGUGACCCCCGCGGACGCCGCCUCCCGACCCUCGGCCUGUCUCGUCAACUUCCUGCUGAACGGGCGAUCCGUCACCCUCGAGCUGCCGAGUAAAAAGGGCGGAGGUCGUUCAGCGUCUCACGUGCUGGCGGCGCAGGGCGGCGAAUUGUGGAUCGGAGCCCUGGGGGGGCGCUCGCCCCACGACGACCCGCCCGCCCUGUCCGAGGGCGCCGGGGGCAGAGUCACCGACUACCGCAUUAAGGAGUUCGGUGCAUUAAUGCAGCAAAACAGACUGUACCCGGGCCGCGGCGCCGGCGCCAACACGCGCGCUCGGGCGCGUCUCCAGAGACACACCACGUACUGGCCUCUCACUAUCUCGUCGACGCUCAUAUUCAACAUGGGCUCUGUGAUGGAGCCGCUGACCCGGCUGGUGGUGCAGGAGUCGCUCAGCGAGGAGGAGGUGGAGCAGUGCCGGGGAGUGCUCAUGUCGCUGUUGGCGAUGGAGGCCAGGCACGACCUGCCCGCGCCGCACCUGCCGGCCGCCGCGCGCGGUAAGUCGAGCGGUCGUCGCGAGGAGCAGUGGCGUCAGGUGUGGAGCGAGGCGGAGGCGCUGGUGAGGGCGCACGCCGCGACCCCCGCGCACAGGGCGCUGCUGCGGGCACUGCAGGUCACCAGGACGCACAACAAUAGCGACGGUGACUCCCGGGCGACAGUAAUAAAGGCUACAACCGAUUCCCCUCUAUCACCCGUGAGCGGGGCGGCGGACGUGUGGGCCCCGCGGAGCGCCCUGGACGCUCUGCUCGGGGCCCCGAGACCGCACCGCAGGCCAGACUUCGCUGGACGCAUGGCGGCCGGAAACAGACCGGCCACGCUCUACUCACAUCUACAAAACGACGAACAACAUUAGACGGACAGAUUAACAGUAUUCAUGAGGCGUCCGAGGUGUGCGGUUUAAGAAUCGCUGAUUGGUCUGCAUACAACUAAACUACUGCCGUUUGUACACCCAGCGUACAAAGACUAUACAGUGUGAUGUAAUGAUCUCGGGUGAUCGACUGUAAGAGACUGCUUGUCGUGCAGCACACGACCGCGCUAGGGAGGAGUAUUCACGAAGAAAACUAUACCUAGUGAUAAUUACAAAGACCAACGAUAAUGAAAACCUCUCAGCAUUCCAUGGAUUCACCGAGCGGGUGCCGGGUCCAGCGCGUUGCAGGGAGAGCUUCAACAGUGCCUGGGACUUGAGACAGGUGUAGGUUUAAGUUGAACCUUCGCCCCCACUGUCCAAGCUCCUCUCUCUGCCUAACCAAAUUUGAAACGAACCUGCUAAGGCUGUCUUCGACGCCCGUUCCAAUAAUGAACUGAUGUUAGUUCUUGACAAGCCCAAGUUUUUGGGUUGGGUUGUAGAGAGUUUUGACAGUGACUCUCGCUCCUACUUCUACCGGGUACAAAUUUACAACGAACCUGUUCUCAGUGAGUUCGUAAUAUUUGUCGACCUUGAUGGCGCGGUCUUUAGGGAUGUUGGUUUCCCAAGGGACCGUGAGCUCCAUUACCACAACGGGCUUUAAAAUUCGCAAAUAUAUAAAAUAUGUCUGGUCUGGAAACCGACACACAAUAUGCUCGGGGAUUUUGUAUCGUUCCCCAUACGUAUCCAUGAUUAUAGUCCAAUCCGAAACCGCUUUAAGGAUAGAGUAAGGCUUGAUGUUUGACUUUAUAGCCAUAAUGUCUUCUCUCACAAAACCAAUUAAUCGCCCGUUUGUGGUUAUUUCUUUUUCCGCAAUGACUACCAAAAUACUAACCGCUUCAUGUAUGAAAUUUAAAACCCUAUCAUGGAGACCGGUAGUAUUGACCGCUAUCCAGGAGUAGCCUACAUCCCAUCAGCAAAUGCUCAGCAAUUCCAACUGCCUCCUCGCAUAUAUAGCGAGUUCUCUUUACCCCCACAUCUUACUUAAUUACUCUGAUCUGGGAGAAUUAAGGUGCGCCAUUUUAUUGCUAAUGGAAUGGAAUCUCUCUAUGUCUAACCACUCGUUCUGCAUCUCUAAACUCAUUGCAUGGAUCGUAUAUCCAUCAUUCUCGUCUUGCUGAAUAAAAUACUUCAAUAUAUCCGUAUCUUGGGCCUUCUUCCUUGAUCCUAAUCCUACUCUCGUUACUUUGUGCUCCUAUCAUAAACUGUUUAUGGAACUGAAGUCUUGACUUUAGUUCAGGGGCAUCUCUAUUUUUUGGGAGUGAUGUAAUGACAUCAAUAUGGGCUUUCCCCGGGAUAUGUCUCUUGGAAACUCUUAAAUGUUUAUAGAGCUCCAAUGGCCUUUUUAGACUCAUCCCAAUACUAUUGCGAUCCCUAAUUGAAGCCGACGUAUCAGUCGAUGGCGCGAGCCGGAGCCACAAAUUCAACACUUAUGAAGCGACACUUAAUUCAGAUAAAAUGGUUUUAUUAAAAUCAUAGGCGGGGCCAAUUCAGACGUGAUAUUAAGUCAUCACCGUAGAUCAAACCUUUUUUGACCUUACUGAUCGGUUGGUCAUCUACCUUUUUGAGAUUGUUUAAAAUUUUAAAAAAUCCAAAAUCUACUAUUCCUACCAAGGAUGGAGUACGACCUGUUUUAUCUAUCUUACGACCAAGAAAUUUAAAUUUCCGUAACCGUAGAAACGCAUUGACCGCCUAACGAUAAUCCCGGAUUGUAUGAGGAAUACAACAUAUCCGCCUACCGAGACACAGACAGUGACAUUUACUUGGUUUCGUCUUCAAUCCAUCCAUCCACUCACAGAAUUUAUCCACUUCACCCAAUAAUACUUAGUUUGUUUGCACGUCCUAUUAAAAAUUAUAUCUCGGAAGUAAAACGAAAGUCUUAUAAUCUAAGACUGCAAAAAUAUUAUAUUAAAGGAAUGAAAAUUGGUUUAUACCAGUAAAACAAAAUGUUUCUUUAGUUAAGGUUUUAAUUUAUAAGGAAGUGAACUGUAUUCUGUAAAUAUUAAAUAAGUUUUUUGAUUAAUAAAUUUUCAUAC